AUGAUUACACCGAAAAUCGACCCAGUCUUGAUUUUGGACGAGCGCGGCACCCUGAAAGCGGCCGAUCAGGCAUCCAGAGUCGAGAAAUCGAAUGUUGUUUUUGCCCACAAAACCCGGCAUUUAGUCAUCAUUCUCACAACACUCUGCUUGACCUGCGUUAUCAGCAACUCGUUGGCGUUGAAUUUCACUGUGAUUUGUAUGUUCAAAGAGGAUGAUGGGACGUGGAAUUCGACCGGUAAGUCGGUUAAUUAAGCCCUUGGUAUAGUAUUGGUAUUUUUAUUGUUCUGUCUGGAAAAUAAUGAUCGAAACGUGGCGGCGCUAAUCGCGUCGCUGAAGUGAAAAAAAAAUUUUUGAUUUUGCCGCGACACAGUUCACUUUCGAUGCGAGAGAGGGUGCUCAUUAUUUUCCCGACAGACAUAUCAUUUUCAUAAAGUGCAUGGACAUCUGUCGUGUCCCACACCGUGCACAAAAGAACCUCCGUUCUGCACCGUGCAUUUCACUUUUUUUGGUGUUGGCACUGUGCGACGGAGUGCUCGUUAUUUUCCCGACAGACUGAUGCUAAUAUUUAUAUAAAGAAAACUGCUUGUUACUAGCAAAGAUCUUGAAAUUUUCCCUCUUUCCAGACCUCGACAAGACCGGUCAUCCGCCGUUGUUGUACAGCGAGCUGCAGCAAAGCUGGCUGUUCUCGGCCAUUGCCAUCGGCACGUUGGUGGGGACAAUACCACUGACUGUCUUCACAAAUCGAUUUGGAAUGAAGUAAGCACACUCUGUAUGCAAAAUUUUAGAAAUACGAUUUUUGCUUUUCGAGAAUUUGCCUUAUAAAUUUUCCCAUUUUCAGACUGCUAUUUACAAUUUAUGGAGCCAUAUCCGCCAUCGCAACACUAAUUCUGCCAGCGGUUGUGUCGCUAGGCUUCUAUCCAGUCCUAUUUCUUCGAUUUCUGCAGGUAAUUUUAUUGCUCAUGACAUUAGUCAUCAUCUUCUCUAUCUUUACUUUUAGGGCUCUGCAGUAGCCACCUCUUUCCCCGCGAUGGGCUCAGUAAUCGCUGAAUGGGCGACGUUGAAAAAGUCCGGAACCUUUGUAGCCAUCGUCUCCGGCCAUCUUCAGCUCGCUCAAAUCUUCACCAUGCCGGUGGCGGGCGCACUAUGCGAGAGUUCGCUGAGUUGGCCGGCUCUCUACUACCUUCAAGGAGCGAUUACUGUAGUGUGUUUUGUUGUUUUCUGGUUCUUUUAUGAGGACACCCCCUCGGUUCAUCGAAAUGUCAGCGAAAAGGAGCUCACAACACUGCAGAAGAACAAGGUUGUGCGGGUGCUGGAGGAGAAUGAGGUCGACAAAACGCCGUACAAGGCGAUUCUGACGGACCGACCGGUCAUUGGAGUGCUUUGCUCGUCGUUUGGAGCGACUGUUGGCUUUCAGUUCUUCUUCCAAUAUGGUCCGGUUUAUUUGAAUCAGGUAAAUGAUCGACGAAAUUUUGUCUAAACGGAGGUCCUAUCAGUCUGUCGGGAAGAUAAUAAGCACUCUGCACGUCAAUCGAAAAUAGAAGAAAAAAUUUCCCGCCCCUUUUUGGUGAUUCGUUCAAAACGAAAUGUCGCUGUCCGAUAAAACGCAUUUUCUUAUCUUUCUUCUUCCUUUUCGAGAAAAAGCAAUUAUUUCGGGCGAGAAAAAGUGCCGAUAAUUUCGUGACAUUACGUCUCUCCUCUCUUUUAAACCAAUGAAAACGAUACGAAGUUUCGAAACGGUUCAGGAAAUGCGCUGGAUUGACGUGCUCUGUCGCAUUGAAAAUCGCAUCGCCGCCAGGAAAACGAAUUGUGUCGAGGGAACAUCAAAUUUCUUUUAACUUCAGCAACGCGAUCAGCGCAGCGACAUAGCGCUCAUUAUUUUCCCGACAGACUCAUCAUACCAUAAAGUCCGUAGAAUUUUUUUCGCCGACAUCGCGGGUGUGAUCGCCGAAAAGUGCAUGUCGCUAGUGCAAAAACGGGAAGUCGCAGCGGCGAGGGCGAAAAAACGUACUGUGCAAAUUCUACGUACUUUAUGUCGCGACUAGUAUUGCCAUUCUCUGUGUUAAGACAAGGAGCAGCAAAAAUUCUAUGACAUUUCAUCUUCCAAGCCGUAAAAAUUCUGAGUCAAAACUAGCUGUAUAAUUCCCUUUAUGGAAAAGAAAUACCGGUUGCAACAUGUUGUACUCUCCCCCUCCACUCAUCUUCCUUCCAUUUCAGGUUCAAGGAUUCGACGUUACGGACACAGGAUUCGCCGCGGCCCUGCCCUUUAUCCUAUCCUUGAUCGUCAAGUUCAUGCUCGGCCCUUGCAGCGACAGUGUGCCGUACGUCAGCGACAAAGCGCGCGUCAUUUUGUUCGCCUCCAUUUCGCAGUACUCGAUGGCCGCGUGCUUCUUCGCGUUGGCGUUUUUGCCGCCCUCGCAGCAGGUCCUGUCGCAGAUCUUCUUCACCGCCGCCAUCGUGUUCAGCGGCUUGAAUGCGGUGGGCGUCACGAAGAGCUGUCAGUUGGUAAGGGAAUGCGAGAAUCGAAGAGCUUGUUCUUUAGAUUUCCGGCAGAUUCGUCCACUUCCUCAUGUCGCUGAACAUGUUCAUAUUCAGCAUCGUGGUCCUGCUUAUUCCAUUCUUGGUGGCCGUGUUUGCGCCCAAUGGAAAUGCCGAGGAGGUGAGUGGAACAAAUGAUGACAAAACCCUACAAGAUAUUGCCAACUCUGAAGUUCAUUUUUCAGUGGGCUCGUCUUUUCAUCGGCACCGGGAUCUUGGUUGUAGUCGUUACAACAAUCUUCAACUUCACAGCUGAAGUCACUAUUCGACCUUGGGCCGACAACCCUGCGCCUUCCGCGAACGCUCCACCUCCGGAAGUGUUCGAGCUGAGCGCGAAUGAGUUGCGCAACAAGGAGAAGGUGGGGCAGGUCCUGCAGGCCAAACGAUUGUCCAUUCAAAGCAACUCGAGUCAGCUGCGCCAGCUGGGACAAGCGCAGGCCAAGAGAUUGUCCAUUUAUUCCGUGGAUUAA